UAAAAAUUGGGGGUAUAUUGAAGGAGUGUUUGUGAUCGACGUUGUCAGUAGACAGUUUUUCUUAGAUAAAGACUAACUGGACAAAGUGGUCACGCAGUGGACCUUUUCUCAUCGAUGAAAUAUUAAUCAAUAACAACAGAAAGUUAGGCUGCUAGAUCACGUGAAAUAAACAGGAAUGUUUGGAAAUUGUUGGGCGCUGGCAUUAGCGUCAUUCCUGAUGCUCCUUGCCUCCGGGCCGACGGUGUCCUGGUGUCAGGAGCUCUCGCAGAACAGGCCAAACUUCCUCAACAGGGAUCUCACAAAUCUAAAACGGUUCAGUGACAUAGACUAUGACAGCUUUGUAGGACUGAUGGGCAGGAGAAAUGCAGGAGACAUGCAUGAUGUCUUUGUUGGUCUGUUGGGGCGCAGGAGUCCUGAGACAGUCCCUCGUCCAUGGAAGAAUGUCGGAUAUCCGCAGCCAGCAGGAGGCUUCUUCAUCCAUAAAGGGAGAUUAAGGUUUCAACGCAACGCAUAGGGAGGAUCCUAUUUCCCCACCUUUAACUGCAGCUCUGCUAUAACCAGCCAGUGAUAUACAGUUGAUUCAUUCUAUGUUGCACUUCAAGGCUUUUUACCCAUGCAAAUGUACCCUCAUAUGUGGUAGUGUACCAAUGAGUGAUGUCAAGAUGAUUCAUUAACUAAAUGUGUUCCAUUGAAUUCAACAUUGAAUUUAUGUGUGUGAGAAUAUGCCUUUGGUAACUCAGUGGUGACCCAGUUGAUCAGUUUGCACUACCCCCGUUAAGGAGGGGAGAUUACACCUCGCUGCUCAAGGACCCUCAGCAGUCAGAAAAAGAGGUAUGGAGUCGUGGGUGCGAGCAAGGGCACUGACACAAUGUUACCGUUUCAGAAGGGGCAUGUAUUAGCCACGGUAAACAAAGUUGUGAGAAGGGGCUGGACGGGACCAAAGCAAAGCCCUACCCAAAAUCCAGGGUGUGGUCUGCCCAGAUCUAACCUAGUGUGUUUAGACAAAGAAGUUUCCCUAUGGAUAAUGUAAGCCCUGGUUGUCUUCCCCUCUUCCCUGGGAAGACAAAAAGAAACAAAAGAUUAACAAUGGUAAUGGUAAACAAUAAUAGUACAACACAAAACAAUCACAACUAGAGAGGGUACAAUUUCUGGGGAAAUUGUAGGGUGUGCUUGCUUGCGUCGGUUGCACAGGGGUCCGUUUUUUAAUGACAUUUUUACAACUGAUAUUUCUGUAUAUUUUAUAUAAAAAUACAUACUUAUUAUUUAUAAAGAUGACAUAGAUUUAAAAGCAUCUUUUUUUUGCUGCUCAUUUACAACUCAAAAUAUGAGUGAAGUGUAGAAUGAAAUAGAUGUCUUCUCAUUUCCCCUGCAAGAGGCAGCCUCAUAGCUGAAUCAAAACGAAUACAUUUGGCAGACCGGUGUAAAAAUUGACCUAAUCUCUAUGACUUUAACGUCCUUUUAAGUUUUCCCUUCUCGUGAUAUUUUCAGGCAUUUAGCCUACUCAUAUUGCAUUCAUUAAUAAAGAACCCCCUUUGAAGAUUAUUCUACGACGUUACCCGGCAGUAGAAGAUGGAAUCGCGAUUCAAACAGUACCAUCUGCUAACUGAAAAUAUGCCCCCAAAAACGUAAAUAAGCUUGACAUUUAUUUAGUGGAAAAUCGCUAAUUCAUAAAAAGCUCACUGGUAGCGAUCAUUUAACAACGCAAAGAACCUGCCCCGGUAAAUUGUACUUCUACAGUACAGUACAGUACUACUGCUGUGUUCGUCUUGGUAGCGAUUGCGUUGGUUGAAUUUGAUUUAACGUUCCGUUGUACGGUUUAGCCUGAAAUUAUUUUCAUGAACAGAUUGACAAAGUUUAGGCUGUGGCAAUGAAGUCAAGGUUAGUAGUUAGAUAGACUUUUGAUUUAAGUAAGGGGAGUGCCGAACAUGUUCUGUCGCCGUUUGACUUCCUACUGUACAGCUGUGUAGAUGUUUUUGUAGUGUCUCGCGUAGGCUACAGCGUUGCAGUGAGCAACACUGGUUUGAAACCACAGGUAAUGAUAAUUUCACCCACAAAUAGUUUACUUGUAAAUGUAAUGUCAUA